AUGAUUGGUAUGGGCCAGAAGGACUCCUAUGUUGGUGAUGAAGCACAAUCCAAGCGUGGUAUCCUCACCCUCCGAUACCCCAUCGAGCACGGCGUCGUCACGAACUGGGAUGAUAUGGAGAAGAUCUGGCAUCACACCUUCUACAAUGAACUUCGUGUCGCCCCAGAGGAACAUCCCGUGCUGUUGACUGAGGCCCCCAUCAACCCCAAAUCCAACCGUGAGAAGAUGACCCAGAUCGUCUUCGAAACUUUCAACGCUCCCGCCUUCUACGUCUCCAUCCAGGCUGUUCUCUCUCUCUACGCCUCCGGUCGUACCACCGGUAUCGUCCUCGACUCCGGCGACGGCGUCACCCACGUUGUCCCCAUCUAUGAGGGUUUUGCGCUCCCACACGCUAUUUCUCGUAUCGAUAUGGCUGGCCGUGACCUGACCAACUACCUCAUGAAGAUCCUAGCGGAGCGUGGCUACUCCUUCUCCACGACUGCUGAGCGCGAAAUCGUCCGCGACAUCAAGGAGAAGCUCUGCUAUGUUGCCCUCGACUUCCAACAGGAGAUCCAGACCGCGUCCCAAUCGUCCACUCUGGAGAAGUCCUACGAACUGCCCGACGGACAGGUCAUCACCAUUGGCAACGAGCGAUUCCGCGCGCCAGAGGCUCUCUUCCAGCCUAGCGUGUUGGGUCUUGAAAGUGGCGGUAUCCAUGCCACCACCUACAAUGCCAUCAUGAAGUGCGACGUCGACGUCCGAAAGGAUCUCUAUGGAAAUAUCGUUAUGUCCGGUGGCACAACCAUGUACCCCGGUAUCUCCGAUCGUAUGCAAAAGGAGAUCACCGCCCUCGCUCCUUCGUCCAUGAAGGUGAAGAUUAUCGCCCCCCCGGAGCGUAAAUACUCCGUCUGGAUCGGUGGUUCCAUCCUCGCUUCCCUCUCGACCUUCCAGCAGAUGUGGAUUUCGAAGCAGGAGUACGACGAGUCUGGACCCUCUAUUGUCCAUCGCAAGUGCUUCUAA